AUGGAAGGCAUACCCAAGACGUCUUUUCGUCCGCCACAUUCAUCUCCGAUGCCACCAGAGUAUCUGAGCGUGUUUGCCUCGUCAUCGCGAGAAGCGCAUGUGAACGAGGAGCCUUCCGAGGACAUCUUCAGCCAGUUCACAGAAAUUGACAGCCCGGUCUUAUUCGGCAGUACAGACGAGGCCGUUGCUGGGCCAGUAUGGACAGAUUCCGGUCACUGGCCGAUGCCCGAAGAUCCAUACGCUUGGAUGGUAACCACAUACCCUGUGCCACAGACAUUGCCAGAGCCAGAGGACGGCAGCCCCCCGGAAGCCGUCUCGAGGUCAUCGAGCGCUUCAACCGAGUCCAGCGAGACUGAAGGAGAGCUCACUGCGCUAGCAUCGCCUGCGGUGCCUGGAAGAGCGAUCGUCGGUCCCCGAGACCGAGUGGCAGAGCGGAGAGAGCGGCGCAGGACGCAGAACCGCAGAGCACAAGCUGCCUUUCGCGAGCGAAGAGAAACUUUAGUUCAAAGUCUGCAGGCCGAGAUCGACUCCAUCACAACGGACUGUAAACAAGCACGGGCGGAGAAGCAGCGGCUGGAGACUCAUGUUUAUGAGUUGAAGCAGCAGAAUGAGCUGCUGAAGAAGUAUGUGCAUUUAGCUUCUUGA